AUUUUCUAUUUUUAGUUUCGUACGAUUGGUCAUACUGCGCGAUUAUUAUGAAGUUCUCAAUCAUUUGAACAAAUGAUAUAAAAAAUUGAAAUAAAAAGAUUUUUUCUCUUUAAAUCCAAUAAAACUAGUGGAAAAAAAAGCAAAAAUAUGUCUACUGUUUUGAAGAAGACAACUGGUUUAACUGGGAUUUUAGUAUCAGAAUAUCCCCAUCGUUCAUUGAAUAUUUUGUAUGGUAAAAUUCUUCGUGCUCUCGAUAAAUUACCUCAGGACUAUCCUUAUAGAACAACGACGGAAAAAUUAAUCAAAGAACGAGCAACAAUUGUCAAAGAUAAUCCGGAUGUUGAAAAUAUAGAAAAAAAAAUUGGAUGCGGUCAAGUUGAAGAGUUAAUAAUUCAAGCACAAAAUGAAUUGGUAUUGGCUCGAAAAAUGUUAGAAUAUAAACCAUGGCAGCCACUUGUUCAAGAAGCACCAAAAAAUCAAUGGGAAUGGCCACCACACAAGUAAAAUAAUUCUCUAACUGUGCAGUACUUGUGUAUUACAAUUAAUUAUAAUAUUUAAAACUUUUAAUUAGCAUCAAAAUAUUGUUUUAGUUACUAUCAAUGUAAUUAAAAAAAAAUAUAUAUAUAUAUAUUCAAGUUAUUAAA